AUGCACUGUUUCCAAGAAAACCUCCGAUGUGACAGCAAGUUGGCAAACAUUGGCAACCUUCCAACAUACAAUGCUAAUGCCUAUGCAAUCACCACCACAAACCUCAAACCAUUGGUAAAGGAAGCCCUGAAUGGACCUGACCAGAUCCAUUGGCACAAAGCAAUCAGAGUGGAAAUGAAUGGUUUGGAAAGCAUGAACAUUUGGGAAACAGUGGACAGACCAGAGGGGGUGAACCUUGUAGAUUUCAAACUGGUACUCCAAGUAAAGAUGGAUGCAAAUAAUAUACCAUACAAGUUUAAAUCUAGGUUCUGUGCAUGUGGUUUCUCUCAAAGAGAGGGUAUUGACUACAAUGAGAUCUUCACCCCAGUCAUACCCAGGGAUGCCAUUAGGACCCUACUGGUGAUUGCCACCAGGUUUGACUGGGAGCUUGACUUGAUCAAUGUCAUGCAAGCCUAUCUGAACACAGAGCUGCACCACCACAUUUACCUCAAGCUGCCAGAGGACCAAGUUGACCUAGUCAAGGGGGAAAUCAUCUGCAAAUGGAAGAUCACUGAUAACAGACCAGUGAUGGAGUUCCUCAAGAUCAAGAUCAUGCAAGAUUGGAUCAAACAGAUGAUUGACUUAGAUCAAUGGGUGUACAUACAGAAUAUCAUAAGAGAAUGGAAUCAACUGCAUGAGAAAACAUGGAUCCCCAUGACUCGCACCCUGCUCAAGGCACCUCCAGAUUCAACAAUCGACAAGAGGCUGAGGACCAAGUACCCAACACUCAUAGGAAAACUAUUAUGGAUUGCAAACAUGGUCAGGCCAGAUACAUCUUUUGCUGUCAAUGCCCUGGUAUGCCAUAUGUCCAGACCCACAGAAGAAGCAAUGCAAGCAGCACUCUGGGUCAUCAUGUAUCUAAAUCAGAUGCAGGAUGAGGUGUUGAGACUUGGUGGCAGGGAUGGAACCAAACCUGCCAUCACCACAUACACAGACUCAAAUUGGGCCUCUGAUCUGAAUGCAGACUGA